AUGAUAAUCAAUUCAUGGAUACUAUGGAAUCAUACUGAUAAAUAUAGAAAUAGAGAUGCAAAAAUUGUUGCUACUAAUAACUGGCGUCGUGAUAGACUUUUUCGGUUCAAAGCUGAAAUUGCUAGAGUUCUCCUCCAUCGACCAAAUCUUCAUUCAACACCACUCAGUGUUCAUAUAGUUAAAAAUAUACGUUCACCAUCAUCAUAUAACUCAGAUGACAAUAAUGAUCAAUAUAAAUCACCAAAAAAGAAGUUACAUCAAAGUUCGUCGCUUGUGUCACCUGUUUUACGUUAUGAUAAAACAAAUCAUUUACCACAAUUCGUAUCAACAUCUGAUGCAACUCGUUGUAAAAAUGAAACAUGUACUAAAAAAUCACGUUGGAUCUGCACAAAAUGCCAAGUGCAUGUAUGUAUAACACCACAAAAAAAUUACUUCUCUGAUUAUCAUGUACAGCAUUAA